AUGUCUUCCCUCAAGCCCAUCAAGCUCUAUGGCCACGGCCCCGGACCUAACCCCUGGAAGGUCGUCAUGGUCUUCGAAGAACUCAACAUUCCCUACGAAAACACCGUCGUUGCUUUCGCCGAUAUGAAAAAGGAGCCCUUCGAGUCCGUCAACCCAAAUGGCCGUGUCCCGGCUAUCGAAGAUCCCAAUACUGGCAUUACCCUAUGGGAGUCCGGCGCUAUCCUCGAGUACCUAGUCGAGACUUACGACAAGGAACACACCAUCAGCUUCGAAGCCGGCUCCAAGGACUACUUCCUCGCCAAGCAAUGGCUGCACUUCCAAAUGUCCGGCCAGGGUCCUUACUUCGGCCAGGCUGUGUGGUUUACCCGCUACCACCCGGAGAAGAUCGAGAGUGCCAAGGAGCGCUACGUGAAGGAGAUCCGUCGUGUUUCGGGUGUUCUGGACGGAUUCCUGGCGGAUAAGGAGUAUCUUGUUGGUGAUAAGUUCAGCUAUGUUGAUCUUGCUUUCGUUCCUUGGUAUAAUGUUGUCGGCAUGUUUGAUAUUGACCUGGCGAAGGAGUUCCCUCAUGUUGAUGCUUGGUUAAAUCGCCAGAAGGCUCGUCCUUCUAUUGAGGCGGCCUUGAAGGCUCGGGCUGAUGCAAUUGCGGCUCUGUAA